AUGCCGCCUGAACAUAUGAACGGAAAUGGUAAUGGGAACGGAAACGGAAACGGACUUGAUAACGGAAAUGGCAAUGGGAACGGAAACGGAAACGGACUUGAUAACGGAAAUGGCAAUGGGAACGGAAACGGAAACGGACUUGAUAACGGAAAUGGCAAUGGGAACGGAAACGGACUUAAAACCGGAAAUGGCAAUGGGAACGGAAACGGACUUAAAACCGAAAAUGGCAAAGGGAACGGAAACGGACUUGAAAACGGAAAUGGCAAUGGGAACGGAAACGGACUUGGUAACGGAAAUGGCAAUGGGAACGGACUUGAAAACGGAAAUGGCAAUGGGAACGGAAACGGACUUGAUAACGGAAAUGGGAAUGGGAACGGAAACGGACUUGGUAACGGAAAUGGCAAUGGGAACGGACUUGAAAACGGAAAUGGCAAUGGGAACGGAAACGGACUUGGUAACGGAAAUGGCAAGGGGAACGAAAACGGACUUAAAAACGGAAAUGGUAAUGGGAACGGAAACGGACUUGAUAACGGAAAUGGCAAUGGGAACGGAAACGGAAACGGACUUGAAAACGGAAAUGGCAAUGGGAACGGAAACGGACUUGAUAACGGAAAUGGCAAUGGGAACGAAAACAGACUUAAAAACGGAAAUGGUAAUGGGAACGGAAACGGACUUAAAACCGGAAAUGGCAAUGGGAACGGAAACGGACUUGGAAACGGAAAUGGCAAUGGGAACGGAAACGGAUUUGAUAACGGAAAUGGCAAUGGGAACGGACUUGAAAACGGAAAUGGCAAUGGGAACGGAAACGGAAUUGGUAACGGAAAUGGCAAUGGGAACGGAAACGGACUUAAAACCGGAAAUGGCAAUGGGAACGGAAACGGAUUUGAUAACGGAAAUGGCAAUGGGAACGGAAUUGAAAACGGAAAUGGCAAUGGGAACAGAAGGACUUAA